AUGUUGGCGGCGUUCCUCGCGGCGCUCGUCUUCUUCCAUUCCUCCGAGUUCCUCCUCGCGCUCUGGUCCACCGGCAAACCCGACGUCCGAUGUGCGUCCCUUCGUCUCGCCUCCCACUGUAGUAGAUACGUACCAAACACAAUGUUCCCCUUCCCCCGCCUCAACUCGGCCUUCCUCCUCGCGCUCUGGUCCACCGGCAAACCCCACGCCCGAUCCCUCCCUCCUCCCAUCUUUGUCUCACAGGAGGAGCUUCCCUUCACGACGCUGCAAUGCCUCUCCCCUCCUCCUUAUAUCCCUCCACUUUCAUCCCUCAUCUUCUUCUUCUCCCCUCAUCACCCUCCCGCCCAGCCUCAUCCUGCUCCGUUCCCCUUCCCACGCCCUGCCCCUUUCUGUGGCUCGUGGCGCUCUUGUGGGGGCACCCCUGCUGGGGGAGCUGCUGCUUCUGCUGGCGAUCUGUUCAAAGUUCGCUUCCCCCCACCCACCCCCCCCCCCACUCCCAUCCCUCUCCACCACUUCAAGUGCCGCCUGUGGCCCAUGGCCCAUGCAGCGUUCCUCUUCUCGCGGGAGUAUCUGCUGGCCAUGGCAGCAGCGCUCACUGAAUACGCCCUUGAGACCACCCUCUUCCCCGCCUUCAAGCGCCGCCUGUGGCCCGUGGCGUGGGUGGGGGGGGGGGCGCUGCUGCUGGCGGGGGAAGCGGUGUGCAAGGCAGCCAUGGUGACGGCGGGGCGGAGCUUCACUCAUGAUAUUCACACAGAGAAGCGGCGCGAACAUCGACUGGUCACACACGGGCUUUACAGGUGGGUGCGGCAUCCGGGCUACACGGGGUGGUUCAUGUGGAGCAUAGCCACGCAGCUGCUGCUCGUCAACCCCCUCUGCACGCUCGCCUUCGCCCUCGUCUCCUGGCGCUUCUUCGCCGCCCGCAUCCCGCAUCCUGUGAGUUACCCCAUUGCUUGUGCAGGCAUCCUCUACGAGGACCUGUACUUGCACCCGUUCUUUGGUCUCGAGUACGCGCAAUACGCUGCCUCUCUGCUUUCCUGCGUUCCUUUCGUCUCAUCGCGCCACCCCCUCUGCUCUCCCCUCCCCCUCAUCCUAGCUACGAGCAGUUUUAUCUGCACCAGUUCUUCCAGCAUGCGCAAUGCCUCUGCUCCCAUGUCCCCUCUUUCCCCACCCCCCUUUUUCAAAUCCAGCUACGAGGAGUUCUAUCUGCACCAGUUCUUUGGUCUUGACUACUACGAGUUCUAUCUGCACCAGGUCUUCUGCCUUCGCUGCGAGGAGUUCUACAUGCACCAGGUGUUUGGCCAUGACUACGAGGAGUUCUACCUCCACCAGUUCUUGAGCCUUAAGAACGCACGAUACGCCGCCUCGGUGCCUCGGUGCCUCGGUGCGUGGGUGUCUUAUCGUGCCAGCCCUAAUGGUCUCCCCUCCCCCCAUCCAUGCAGCUACGAGGAGUUCUAUCUGCACCAGUUCUUUGGCCUUGAGUACGCAUGA